AUGGUCACUGGUAGCAAAUCAGCAGAUGCCGAUUUGUGCAUAUGGCCUCCAGCUCGCACGCAUGAAAUUGGAAUCGCUUGGUCACGUUUGAAGUGCGGUGCCAUGUGUGGUAGACUCCGACGUACAGAAGAGACCACACAACUUUGAGAAUCACAACGCCCAGAUGGGAUCUACAGCUUCACCCAUGAUGUCUGGAGUUCUGUCCAUUGACAACGUCUCCACAUGCGACACCCUGUACGCACAUAGGAGCUAUGCCCGAGUUCUCAUGCCCAUCGUCUAUGGAGUGGUCUUCUUGAUAGGACUGCUGGGCAAUGCUCUGGCUCUACACGUCAUUCGUCCAAACCUUAAGAAGAUGAACUCCACCACCUUGUAUUCGCUCAAUCUGGUGAUUUCUGACAUCCUCUUCACGCUGUCACUUCCUGUGAGGAUCACCUACUACGCGCUGGGUUUCCACUGGCCUCUGGGCGAAAUAGUGUGCAAGAUUUCGGGCCUUAUCUUUUAUAUCAACACGUACGCUGGUGUCAACUUCAUGACCUGCCUGAGCAUCGACCGCUUUAUCGCUGUUGUCCUGCCACUGCGCUUCGCCCGGCUGCGCAAUGUCAGUAAUGUACGCUACAUUUGUGGCGGUGUGUGGCUUCUGGUGCUAGCACAGACCCUUCCUCUCCUUGGCAUGCCCAUGACCAACAAUGAACCAGACGGCUACAUCACAUGCAUGGAAUACCCCAAUUUUGAAAAGGUCGACAACAUUGCCACCAUCCUCAUUGGUGCUGUCUUCUUAGGUUACGUCAUCCCAGUGACCACUAUCCUGGUGUGCUACUCCAUUCUGUGCUUCAAACUCCACUCCACGGCUAAAACCAACCACCUGACAGACAAGUCAGGGCGUAGCCGCAAGGCCAUUGGCGUCAUUUGCUGUGUGUCCCUUGUCUUUGUGGUCUGCUACAGUCCCUAUCACAUCAACAUUCUGCAGUACAUGGUCCGCAAAAUGGUGUCCAACCCGGACUGCGCCGACCUCACCGCCUUCCAGGUGUCACUGCAUGUCACGGUGAUUCUCAUGAACCUCAAUGCCUGCCUGGACCCGUUUGUCUACUUCUUUGCAUGCAAAGGCUACAAGAGGAAGAUCCUGAAGCUGCUCAAGCUGGAGGUCAGCAUGUCAGUUUCCAGCGUCGUCAGAACGUCACCUGAAGGGUCCUCUAAGGACAUUAUCGAUGGCAACAAGAUCCAACUCAGCGGUUCUGCUACAGGCUCGGCCAGUGACAGGCUGAUGCAGAGAAGAUCGCAGCAGUAUGUGUAAAUGAGAAGAAUGAAGAUCGGAAAGUCCAAGCAAAGACUUUCCUAAUGUGCCAUCAUGGUGGACAACAAGUGGGUCAAAAUGUUGUGUCAGAAGGUUUGCAAAGACUUGGGACUUCCUUUGAACUUUCCUGUGAAACAACCAAUGGCAUUUGGAUGAAGACUUGUCCAUCAUCAGGCUAGAAACUCACUUGUUGUAAUUGCCUCAUAUUUUGAAUGUUUCUCUUCAACUUCCAGAAGUCGCUAGUAACACAACUAUGUUCAUAUGUACAGGACAUUUACAGGCUGCUAAGCACAUGCCCAACAAAAAGGGCCGCUAUUUUUUAAGAAGAAUGUGUGAAAAUGGCACCAUGUACAACAAUUGUGAAUGGUCAAUUUCAAUAUCGCAUAUGAAUGUAAAAGUGAAUCAAUAAAUGAAUGUUAUAAAUGGA